GGACUUAUCUCCAUCGUUAAUGGACACGGAAGAAUGUUGGAACCACCUGCUAGAAACAUGAUGUGGAGAUUCGGUUAUCCUACGCCACCUAAUUACGAAGAUAGCGAACUUUUCUGUGGAGGAAUAGCCAUUCAAUACCUACGUAAUAAUGGAAGUUGCGGUGUUUGUGGUGACAGAUACGAUCAUCCUCAACCCCGGCCGCACGAGACAGGUGGUAUGUUUGCUACCGAUAUUAUUGCCAGGACGUACCAACCGGGUCAAGUCAUCGAUGUCAUCGUAGAUAUUGUGGCUAAUCACGAAGGUUAUUUCGAAUUUAGUCUUUGUCCGAGAGGAGAAGAUAGAUUUCUAGAAACUGAAGAAUGUUUCGAAGAUAAUAUACUAGAGUUAUCUGAUUUCUCCGGUACAAGAUAUUAUGUACCACAUAACAAUACAGGUUUAUUUUUCAUGCAAGUAAAACUUCCGAAAGAUGUAACUUGUAUGAAUUGCGUGUUUAGAUGGCAUUGGCAUUCCGGUAAUAACUGGGGUAUUUGCGAUGACGGAACGAUGAGAAAAGGCUGCGGACCUCAAGAAAAUUACAGAAAUUGUGCAGAUAUUAGGAUAUUCGCAGGUGCUGGUAUUGCUGGACCAAUUUAUUAUAGUAAUUUUAACGAAACUAAACCGGAAUCUAACGUAACCGAUACCGAAUCUAAGAGGAAAACUGAAUAAACUUAUAAGUUUGUACAGACCAAAAAAAUAUUCGAGUUUUUUAAGUUCU